AUGACUUCAAUAUUCGGCCCUAUCGCUGAGGAACACCAGGACAAAUUUGAUCUCGGAAUUUGGCACGCGCUGUUCAACUGGGCCAACCUCACCGUCGCCGUACAAAACCAAUGGGGAGGCCCCGACUCUUCGGAUAAGCGCGACUGGCUUGCAGGCCAGAUUUCAGAGCGCUUUGCUGCAGAGCCUCUGACAGACGCCGAGGAUGUGGAAGUCAUGCUUCUGCAGGUCCUCGAGGAUGAGUUCGGCGUACGGUUAGAAGACGAGACCGAAGUGGCUGUCGCACGCGAGAUCAUGACAAUACGCAAGGAGCUUGGCGAGGGCAACACUGCAACGGUAGACGCACUCCAGAAGAAGUGGCUAGAGAGGAACGGCAAAGAAAUCUCGACUGGCAGCGUCAAUAUCAACGAGACCAAUCAAGAGGGCGAAUGGGACAGCGUGGAUGAGGAGAGCGACGACGACGACGGCGACACGGACAUGACAGAUGCGCCUGCGCUUGUGCCUGCGAAGCCCAAGCAAAAGCCCGAGCCCGAGGUGGACGAGGACGGCUUCACGACGGUCGUGGGAAAGAAGAAGAGGUGA